CAAUAACAGCAGCUCUCAACGCACGAUUACUUAAUACCAGCGCGUUUAUGUAUGUCGUCAUUGCCAACAAUAGCUCCCAGCAGCAACACAUCGUCGUCACCCCGGCCCGUCACCAGACACAGAACUCAUCAGACAAAACAGCGUCUUUGCAGCAUUUCCAUACUCCGUCCGAACCCGGGGAGCUUUCACAUCAUUCGCACUUUCCUACGUCAGCCACCAUUGUCGUCGUCGUCGUCCUAUCUGACCCUGCCUCCGCGCCCGCGCCAUGCCCGAGACGACCGGCACGUCGCCCUCCAGCGGUGACAAGGCUGCCCAGCCAAAGUCUGGAUUUUGGGCCGAGAUCGAGUCGCUCAAGACACCCGCGAUCAAGGACGUCGCCCCCGCGCCCAAGGUUGGCUCCCCCGCGCCGUCCACGUCCCAGGUACCCCUGCCAGACGGGCGCAAGACCCUUGUCGUCUUCCUCCGCCACUGCGGCUGCCCAUUCGCCGAAAAGACGUUCAAGUCCCUCACCACAGUCUCGGUCCAGCACAAGGACGACCUCCACUGCGUCGCCGUCUCCCACUCCUCCGUCGAGGCCACCGAGCGUUGGGUGCCCCAGGUCGGCGGCGCGUGGCAGACCGACGUCGUCGUCGACGAGGGCCGCGACGUCUACGCCAAAUGGGGCCUUGGCCUGUCGAGCGCGUGGCACGCCCUGAACCCCUUUGCCCUGUACUCCGCAUACCGUCUUGGGGCCGACGAGGGCAUCUGGAACAGGCCCACGGAGAGCGGCAGCCGUUGGCAGACCAGCGGCGCCUUUGCUGUCGAUGCCGACGGCAUCAUUCGCUGGGCACAUGUCUCCAGCGCUGCGAACGAUCUCCCCAACUUCAACGCGGCCCUUGAGGCUCUUGGAAUUGAGCCCAAGAGCGACGAGCACGACAAGAAUGAGCACCAUCACCAUCGCAACAAGUAAAUCACCUCGUGGUGCCGUCACAUUUUCAAUCACCAGUUCCCUUAUACCCCUGUGACCGUUGGAACAUUCCUGCGAGAGAGAUAGGAC